AAUUUAAAACCCCAUUUUCAUAAGCAAAAGCCACAAAAUAAAAACCUUUUCUCUUUCUCUUUAUAAUUAAUCUCCUUCAUUCUUAAGCUAUGUGUUAAGAGCUAAAGUAUAAACUAAACUAAACCGCUCUUUUUUUUUUCUUUCUAAAACUCUAAACGCCGUAACGGACUUUCCCAAUUUCUCAAAGCACCGUCACAAACACCCUCUCGUGCGUGUCACGUGACAUUCAAAACCCUAAUUCCCUUUAUGGCUUUGGACCAACCCUCGUUACCUUCGAAUCCUAACUCCGUUGAUGGUGACGGGAACGGGAACGGGACGCCACCGUCCUCCACCGUGAAUGGCGGCGAGGAUGGGAAACCUACGGCGAGGCUACCGCGGUGGACGCGGCAGGAGAUUCUGGUGCUUAUACAGGGGAAGAGUGACGCGGAGAGCCGGUUCAAACCGGGUCGAAACGGUUCGGGGUUUGGUUCGAGUGAACCGAAAUGGGCGUUGGUUUCGUCUUACUGUAAGAAGCACGGUGUGAACCGGGGGCCGAUUCAGUGUCGGAAGCGGUGGAGUAAUCUCGCCGGAGAUUAUAAGAAGAUUAAGGAGUGGGAGACUCAGGUGAGAGAUGAAACGGAGUCGUUUUGGUUGAUGAGGAAUGAUUUGAGGAGAGAGAGGAAAUUGCCGGGGUAUUUUGAUCGUGAGGUUUACGAUAUUCUUGAUUCGCCGUCUGUGGCAGUGGCGGCAGCUGCCGCCGCGGCGGCGACGGUUCUUCCUAUGGCUGUGUCGGUUUCGGAGGCGGUUGGUGAUGAGGAGGUUCAUAUUUACGACAGUAAUAGGAAAGUGAGUGGUGAAGAUGGGUUAUUCUCGGAUUUUGAGAAGGAUGAGGUUUUGGUUUCCUCCAAAGAUGUUCAUGUUCCUUCACCUGUUCCUAUCUCAGAGAAGCAGUUUCUACCGCCCCUCAGUCGCUGCCAAGGAGAAGGCAAUGCUCAAGGCCAAUUGCUUACUCAACGCCACGCAGGUUUCUGCUAUUGCAUUUGGAUUUCAAUAGGAUUGCAACGAACCGCCUUUUUUUCCAGCUUUUGUCGAUCAGGACUUGAUUGGGUACCAACAAUGAGAAACAACCCGCCUCAAAUCCAGAAAUGGGUUCUACAUCUCAAGGGGAACGGAAGCGGAAACGGCUUCCAACCGAUGAAGAAGACGAAUCCUUGCAAAGUCAGUUAAUCGACGUGUUAGAGAAAAACGGCAAGAUGCUAAGCGAACAACUAGAGGCUCAGAACAUCAACUUCCAACUGGAUCGCCAGCACCAGAACGACACUGCAAGUAACAUAGUUGCUGUGCUCGAUAAGCUUGCAAAUGCUCUUGGAAGAAUUGCUGAUAAAUUGUAGUGCAAGAAGAAGGAUCAGAGUAGUAGUGUACAUAACAUUUGGAAUCAACAAUAGUGGGUCCCUUCAUUAUUUUUUGACCACUUGUUCACUUUUUUUAGUGUUGUUAUUACUGCUGCCAUUAUAGGACUUAGGACUAUAUACAACAUUUUGGAGUUACUGCAUUUAUUCUAUUUUUCAUUGAGGUUUCAUGAAUCCUUCCAUGGUCAAUAAUAAAUAGUUUUUGUA